AUGGUUUUACAGCCGUCCCAGGGACAGAGCUCCACGGUUGCUGACAUCAUUGAAAUGAAGAUCGGUAGUGAAAAAGAUUUGAGAGCAAGGAGUGUUGUGUGCACAGUCACACUUGGCAUUUCACCUGAAGAAAAAUUCGUUAUUACAACAACAAACAGAAAGGAAAUUACUUGUGAUAAUUUUGAUGAAACUGUUAAAGAUGGAGUGACUCUGUACCUGCUACAGUCGGUCAAUCAGCUACUGCUCUCAGCUACGAAAGAACGAAUUGACUUCCUACCUCACUAUGACACACUGGUUAAGAGUGGCAUGUAUGAAUAUUAUGCAAGUGAAGGACAGAACCCUCUGCCAUUUGCUCUUGCGGAAUUAAUUGACAAUUCAUUGUCUGCAACUUCUCGUAAUGUUGGUAUUAGAAGAAUACAGAUCAAAUUGCUUUUUGAUGAAACACAAGGAAAACCUGCGGUUGCAGUGGUGGAUAAUGGAAGAGGAAUGACCUCUAAACAGCUUAACAACUGGGCUGUGUAUAGGUUGUCAAAAUUUACAAGGCAAGGUGACUUUGAAAGUGAUCAUUCGGGUUAUGUCCGUCCAGUACCAGUUCCACGCAGCUUAAAUAGUGAUAUUUCCUAUUUUGGUGUUGGCGGCAAGCAAGCUGUUUUCUUUGUUGGACAAUCAGCCAGGAUGAUAAGCAAACCUGCAGAUUCCCAAGAUGUUCAUGAGCUUGUGCUUUCUAAAGAAGAUUUUGAGAAGAAGGAAAAAAAUAAGGAGGCCAUAUAUAGUGGAUACAUUAGAAACAGAAAGCCAUCUGAUUCCGUUCAUAUUAUAAAUGACGAUGAACGAUUUCUACAUAAUCUUAUCUUAGAGGAGAAGGAAAAAGAUAGCUUUACUGCUGUGGUUAUUACAGGGGUACAAACAGAACAUAUACAGUACCUGAAAAACUAUUUCCAUCUUUGGACUCGACAGUUAGCGCAUAUUUAUCAUUAUUAUAUUCAUGGACCAAAAGGAAAUGAAAUAUGUACAUCAAAAGAAGUUGGACCUUUCAACAAUAUUGAUAUUGAAAUUUCUAUGUUUGAAAAAGGGAAGGCACCUAAGAUUGUCAACCUAAGGGAAAUACAAGAUGACAUGCAGACAUUGUAUAUCAACACAGCAUCUGAUAGUUUUGAGUUCAAGGCCCACGUUGAAGGAGACGGUAUAGUGGAAGGGAUUAUCCGAUACCACCCUUUCUUAUAUGAUAGAGAAACGUACCCUGAUGAUCCUUGUUUCCCAUCAAGAUUAAAAGAUGAUGACGAUGAUGAUGAUUGUUUCGUACUUGAGAAAGCAGCAAGAGGGAAAAGACCUAUUUUUGAAUGUUUUUGGAAUGGACGAUUAAUACCAUACACAUCAGUUGAAGACUUUGACUGGUGUACUCCUCCUAAGAAGAGAGGGCUUGCGCCAAUUGAAUGCUACAAUAGAAUAUCUGGUGCAUUGUUCACUAAUGACAGAUUUCAAGUCAGCACAAAUAAACUGACAUUUAUGGAUCUUGAGCUAAAAUUGAAAGACAAGAACACCCUUUUUACAAGGAUUUUAAAUGGACAGGAACAGCGAAUGAAAAUUGACAGAGAAUUUGCUUUAUGGCUGAAGGAAUGUCAUGAAAAGUAUGACAAGCAAAUAAAAUUUACACUUUUUAAAGGAACAAUUACACGUCCUGACCUUCCAUCUAAAAAGCAAGGCCCCUGGGCAACAUACUCAGCAAUAGAAUGGGAUGGAAAAAUAUACAAAGCAGGACAGUUGGUCAAGACAAUCAAAACACUUCCUCUGUUCUAUGGAAGCAUAGUAAGAUUUUUCCUGUAUGGGGAUCAUGAUGGAGAAGUCUAUGCUACAGGAGGAGAAGUUCAGAUUGCAAUGGAACCUCAGGCACUGUAUGAUGAAAUAAAAACUGUGCCAAUUGCGAAGCUGGAUAGGACAGUUGCUGAGAAAGCUGUCAGAAAAUAUGUAGAAGAUGAAAUGGCAAGGCUCCCUGACAGAUUGUCAGUAACUUGGCCUGAAGGAGAUGAAUUGUUGCCUAAUGAGAUUAGGCCUGCCGGAACCCCCAUUGGUGCAUUAAGAAUUGAAAUACUGAACAAAAAAGGGGAAGCAAUGCAAAAGCUUCCAGGAACAAGUCAUGGAGGGUCAAAAAAACUCCUAGUUGAGCUUAAAGUUAUACUACACUCCUCAAGUGGAAAUAAAGAAAUCAUUUCACAUAUUAGUCAACAUGGAGGAAAGUGGCCGUACUGGUUUAAAAAAAUGGAAAAUAUUCAAAAAUUGGGGAAUUACACAUUGAAAUUACAAGUGGUAUUGAAUGAAAGUAAUGCAGACACCUAUGCUGGAAGGCCAUUACCAUCUAAAGCAAUUAAAUUUUCUGUUAAAGAGGGCAAACCAGAGAAAUUUUCUUUUGGACUUCUGGAUCUUCCUUUUCGUGUUGGUGUCCCAUUCAGUAUCCCUUUGGAGUUUCAGGAUGAAUUUGGUCACACUAGCCAACUAGCAGCAGACAUUCAGCCAGUUCUUGAAGCAAGUGGUUUAUCUUUACAUUAUGAAGAAAUAACCAAAGGACCAAACUGUAUAAUUCGAGGUGUUACAGCUAAGGGUCCUGUAAACACUUGUCAAGGCAAGAAUUUUAACCUGAAGGUGAUUCUCCCAGGUUUAAAAGAAGACUCCCAAAUCCUGAAAAUUAGAUUACUACCAGGCCCCCCUCGUCGACUGAAAGUGAAACCUGAUUCUGAAAUUUUAGUUAUAGAAAAUGGAACAGCUUUCCCAUUUCAAGUGGAGGUUCUAGAUGAAUCAGAUAACAUAACUGCACAGCCAAAAUUGAUUGUUCACUGUAAGUUCCUGGGGGCACCCAAUCUCCCCGUGUACGUGGUGGACUGCAGCAGCUCUGGAACUAGUAUUUUAACGGGAUCUGCAAUUCAAGUCCAGAAUAUUAAAAAAGACCAGACACUUAAAGCAAGAAUUGAAAUACCUAGCUGUAAAGAUGUUUCACCUGUGGAAAAGACGAUCAAGUUGCUCCCCAGUAGCCAUGUUGCACGACUACAGAUAUUUAGUGUCGAGGGACAGAAGGCAAUCCAGAUCAAACAUCAGGAUGAGGUGAAUUGGAUAGCAGGCGAUGUGAUGCGUAAUAUUAUUUUUCAAAUGUAUGAUGAAGGAGAAAGAGAAAUCAAUAUAACAUCAGCUUUAGCAGAAAAAAUUAAAGUGAACUGGACUCCUGAAAUCAACAAAGAGCACUUGCUGCAGGGGCUGCUUCCGGAUGUGCAGGUGCCCACGUCCGUGAAAGACAUGCGCUAUUGCCAGGUUUCCUUCCAAGAUGACCAUGUGUCUCUGGAAAGCGCGUUCACAGUAAGACCACUUCCUGAUGAACCCAGACAUUUGAAAUGUGAGCUCAAAGGAGGAAAAACAGUGCAGAUGGGCCAAGAGCUUCCCGGAGAAGUAGUUAUAAUUAUUACAGAUCAGUAUGGAAAUCAGGUUCCAGCAUUUUCACCGAGUACUUUAUCCGCUUUGUCAAUUGCUGGAGCUGGACUUGAUAACUCAAACGUGAAGACUGCCUUGCAGGAAAACUCACAAAGUAUAAAUGUACGAGGAAUCAAGUUUGUUCCAGGUCCUCCUGGAUAUAAGGAUCUUUGUUUCACUUGGCGUGAAUUUUCUGACUUUAUUCGAGUGCAGCUCAUUUCUGGACCUCCUGCUAAACUUGUCCUUAUAGACUGGCCGGAGUUGAAGGAGGCCAUUCCAGUGAUUAAUGGAAGAGAGUUACAGAGCCCUCUGAUUGUUCAACUCUGUGAUCAGUGGGAUAAUCCAGCAGCAGUCCCUCAGGUUAAAAUAAGCCUUGUCAAAGCUAGCAAUUUAAAACUCAUGCCUUCAAACCAACAGCAUAAAACAGAUGAGAAGGGCAGGGCUGAUUUGGGAGUGUUCAUUGUUUCUGCCCCUAGGGGAGAACACACCAUGCAGGUUAAAGCCAUCUUCAACAAGAGCACCAUAGAAGGACCUGUAAUCAAGUUAAUGAUUCUUCCGGAUCCUGAAAAACCCAUCCGUCUCAAUGUAAAAUAUGACAAAGAUGCUUCCUUUUCAGCAGGAGGUAUUUUCACUGAUUUUAUGGUUAGUGUUAUUUCUGAAGAUGAGAGCAUCAUUAAGAAUAUUAGUCCAGCACGUAUUUCCAUGAAAAUGUGGAAGCUGUCCAACAAUGUGAACCGACCACCAGCAAAUGCAGAAACAUUUAGUUGUAAUAAAAUAAAAGAUAAUGACAAGGAAGAAGGCUGCUUCUAUUUCAGAGACAAAAUAAUUCCUAACAAAGUGGGGACAUACUGUAUCCAGUUUGGCUUUAUGAUGGAUAAAGCAAAUAUUCUCAACAGUGAACAGGUUAUAGUUGAUGUGCUACCUAAUCAGCCUGUGAAGUUAGUUCCUGAAAUUCAACCUGCUACCCCAGCUGUUUCUAAUGUUCGCUCAAUUGCCAGUAGGACCUUGGUCAAAGAUUUACGUCUCAAUAUCACGGAUGCAUAUGGCAAUCGUACGGGGAGAAAUUUGGUUGGCACUGUGGUAGCUACCAUUAAGGACUUUAAGGAGGAAGAUACUGACACUCCACUCUUUACUGGGAAAGUUAGAACGCUUGAAUUUCCCUUCACGAGUGGUUCUGCGGAGAUCACGAGUCUCGUGCUGGCAGAAAACAGUCCUGGGAGGGAUAGUACUGAAUAUCUCAUUCUAUUUGAGCCCCGUCUCCCGCCUUUGACAGCAGCACUGGAACCGUAUAUCCUACCGUUCAUGUUUUACAAUGAUGUUAAGAAGCAGCAACAAAUGGCAGCACUUACGAAAGAAAAGGAUGAGUUGUCUAAGUCUAUUAUCAUGUACAGAAGUGUAUUUGAAGCCAGCAAACAGCUUCUUGAUGAAAUGAAAUGCCAAGUGGAAGAAGCAAAGUUAAAAGAGGCUCAGUUGCGAAAUGAACUAAAAAUACACAAUAUUGAUAUUCCUACAACACAACAGAUGGAACACAUUGAAGCACUUUUGAAAAGAAAGGUAACAGAACAAGAAGAACUGAAGAAAAGACCCAGAAGGUCAUGUACUCUUCCGAACUACACCAAAGGCAGUGGGGAUGUUUUGGGAAAGAUCGCACACCUGGCGCAGAUUGAAGACGACAGAGCCGCGAUGGUGAUCUCCUGGCACCUGGCGAGCGACAUGGACUGCGUGGUCACUCUGACCACCGACGCCGCGCGCCGCAUCUACGACGAGACCCAGGGCCGGCAGCAGGUGCUUCCCCUCGACUCGAUCUAUAAGAAGACGCUUCCCGACUGGAAAAGACCUUUACCUCAUUUCCGAAAUGGAAAAUUUUAUUUUAAACCCAUUGGAGAUCCUGUCUUUGCCCGAGAUUUGCUAACGUUUCCAGAUAAUAUAGAACACUGUGAAACAGUAUUUGGUAUGCUGUUAGGAGACACCAUCAUUUUGGAUAAUCUUGAUGCAGCCAAUCAUUACAGAAAAGAGGUGGUUAAGAUUACACACUGUCCCACACUGCUGACCCGGGAUGGAGACCGCAUUAGAAGUAAUGGGAAGUUCGGGGGCCUGCAGAAUAAAGCUCCUCCGAUGGACAAGCUCCGGGGAAUGGUGUUUGGAGCCCCAGUUCCCAAGCAGUGCCGGAUCUUGGGGGAACAGAUAGAUCUCCUGCAGCAGUACCGCACUGCCGUGUGCAAGCUGGGCAGCGUGAACGAGGACCUCAACGGGCAGCUGCAGUACCUCCACACGCCCGACAUGAAGAAGAAGCAGCAGGAGCUGGAUGAGCAGGAGAAGAGCCUGAGACGCAUAGAGCAGAAACUGGGUAUGACUCCCACACGCAAGUGUAACGAGUCGCUGCGUCAUUCGACAAAGGUUGAGAUGACAGAAUGUCCAAUUCCUCCUAAAAGAAUGAGAAGAGAAGCCACCAGGCAAAACAGAAGACCGAAAGGUGACUUAGCAAACUGAGUGCUUCUGGACACCGACCGAGUGUCUGGCGGGAGCUGUGAGCUGCGCGGAUGCAGGCGGGCCUGGAGGCAGCUCCCCGGAGGACUCAGGACAGUGCGGAGCAGCUGCACCGGCCCCGGGCCCGGCCCUUGGGCUCUCAUCUUCAGGGGCUCCACGGAAAGGCGCUCGUGGAGCUGCCAUGCCGCCGUGAGUGGCCCUGAAGGAAGCAUAUGUAUUAUUUUUCAGUAUAAUUGUAUGUUAGAAACAUUUCUUAAAACUUUUUAUUACUUUUGUGUGAGUUUAUUUAACAAAGAUGUUGGUUCUUUUGUGUGAGGAAAGUUCUAGAGACUAGAUAUUUAAUGUAAAUAGGUGAAGACAUUCAGUGAAGAAUCAGGAUGAAAAGCGGGGAAGAGCACAGGUGCCUGGGAGUGCGAUGGGAAGACAGAGGACCUGCACUGGGGAGACGACGCGUGACAGGUCGCACUGCGGAUCUCAGAGAUUCAUCCUGUGUAUAAUACAAUACAGCAGCAUCAAUUUUUAUAAGUAUCGUCUGACUUUAUUAAUACUAGAUUAUAUAGUCUCAGGUUUAAUUCUACAUUUACAUUAUUUUGUAAUUUUUUAUUACUAUUUUUAAGAGAUUAAAGGAAACUCACAUUAAUGCAAUAAGAGUUUGGUAGAAAGUUGUCGCAGAAACGUCUGGACCGUGUGUUCGUUCAAGUUCCUGUGCGUUGGUGCGCGUCUGUACGGUCAGGACUGCCAGCCCUUGUGUAAGGAGCCCUUUGGUUCAGCUUUGUGUCCCAGGAAUACAUGUUCUUUAACCCUUUCUGAAAACACGGCUAGGUUAAUAAACGGGAUUGUUUCUUGUACGUGA